AUGCCAAUGCCUUUGCCUCGAUACGGAGGGGGCGCGCUCUCUGGCGACGACAUGUGUGCGUACAUGGAGAACUUUGCCGCUCGCUUCCUGGGGGAUAAGAUCAGAUACUGCACGGAGAUAUUGAAAGUACACCAUGCCACCGCUCCCGACUCAGGCCACCCCGCGGCCCGUAAAUGGCUUGUGUAUGUGCAAGACACGAAUAGCGGCAUACGAGAGACACUCGAAUACGACAAAGUUGUCCUCUGUUCGGGGGGGUGCAGUGAGCCUCGAGUCCCCCCAUCGCUAUCGGAGAAAGCCGCGGAUGCUCGAGGCUUCAAUGGUCCCGUCGUUCACUCUGCCGACUUCUGCGAACGACUGGACGAAAUUCUGAACGCGGUAAAGCCGGUCUCAGAAUAUGCUGAUGCUUCAGUGGUUGUUAUCGGCGGCGGUAAAUCGGCUCAGGACACGACAUGGAAGAAGAGUAUCAAUGGUACGAUUUUUACAUACCACAUGGAUCGGAAACAAGAUUGUUCACGGAGUGUGGGACUUCUUGACUUGGUUGUCAGUGCGUGUCUUGAUUCGAUUGUCGUUGGUGAGUUUGGUACCAACGUUGUUGGUCGUAUACAGUUCAGGACAUUGGGUGUUCCCUCUGAUUCGCCCCUGCGCCGCACACCUGGCUUGUUAUGGGCGAUUCACGUCAACAACCUCGGAGUGCAUUCAGACUUCCAUGCAGAGAUCAACAAGGGCAUGAUCGAUCUCAUCUCGCCGGUCCAUGCCGAGUGCUUCGCCGACGAUCGCCAAGGCAUUAUUCUAACUGAUGGACGAUUUGUGAAGGCAGAUGCGGUUGUGCUCGCGACUGGUUACGGCUCGUCAUGGGACAAACUUUUCGAUGAAGAAACAAUGGAGGAAUUGGGGUUUUCCAAGGAGCCCGAUACUUACGAGAAUGAUCGGGAGUGGAAAUACAUGUCCCUCGCUAACCCUCCGGCCAUUCGCCCCGGUGAGCAGAGGUCGUAUCCAAUGUACCGAGGACUUGUCCCUGCGAAGAGCAUACUCAAUAGAGAUAUAGCUAUGAGUGGUACUGUCUUCACCACAAAUAACGGCUAUUCAUACGAAGUAGCCUCCCAUUGGAUUGCAUCUUAUCUACGUGGGGAUAAGUUUCUCAAACUGCCAGACACUCCAGAGGCGGCGCUAGCUUGGUCGAGGGAUAACGCAGCAUGGUUGCGCAAGCGUCAUCCACACGCACUCUUGUCUGCUAACGCAAGCUUCAGUGGUGAUUUUGCAUUUUGGUGCUGGCCACAGUUGAUGGAUACACUCCUGGAUGAUAUGAGUCUUCCGAGCAUGCGAAGCGGCGGGAACGUAUUCACUUGGCCGUUCAAGGUCAUUGAUCUGAAAGAGAUAGAAGAUUUAGGAAGGGAGCGGGCUGUCCUGAGGGAGAGCUUGUAA